GAGAUCUUCGCCGUGUAGCAUGUUAGUGUAUCUGGCUAUUCUAGGGCUCCUUUCUGGAGCCAGCACUAGAACAAUUCUUAGUGCGAACGAGAGAGAUCAUACCCAACAUCGAGAAAGGCAAGCCAGACAAGUAUGCUUCGACAGAGUGGAUCCACGCACUGGUGUGUCGGACUGCCCAAGCAGGGUGGCCUUUUGCACAAACCCAGUGUAUCAGCAAGUGAUGUGGGAGCAGUGUCCUUUGACAUGCGGGCGGUGUCCCGGUGUUUUACCAAAUCCAGGUGGUGUGAACCCAGUGCCAGUCAAUCCUGUUCCAGUCAACCCUGUUCCAGUCAAUCCUGUCGUACCAGUUAACCCGGGGACUACAACUUGUUUUGAUCGAGUACACCCGGUGACUGGCGUGUCCGAUUGCCCCAGCAGACGAGAUUUGUGCAACAGACCCGACUAUCAGCAGCUAAUGGCAGAACAAUGCCCUCUAACUUGUGGCAGGUGCCCUGGCAUUCUACCAGACCCUAGUAACCCACUGAACCCAGUCAACCCUGUUAAUCCUGUCAAUCCAGUUAAUCCAGUGGUACCAGUCAAUCCCGUUCCAGUCAACCCAGUAGUACCAGUCAAUCCCGUUCCAGUCAAUCCAGUAGUACCAGUCAAUCCUGUUCCAGUCAAUCCAGUGGUACCAGUCCCGGUACCUGUUAACCCUGUUCCAGUACCUGUCAAUCCCGUUCCCGUUAAUCCAGUGGUACCAGUCAAUCCGGUACCCGUUAAUCCCGUAGUGCCAGUCAACCCGGUACCUAUUAACCCUGUUGCACCCGUUAAUCCUGGAAUCGUUAACCCAAACUGUCGUGACUAUGUGGAUCCCAGAACAGGAGUAAGCGAUUGCCUUCGAAUGGCACAAUUUUGUCGAGAUCCAGGUUACAUUCAAGUCAUGAGUGAGCAAUGCCCAAGAACAUGUGGAUUCUGUGUAUAGGUGCAAACCCACAGCGCAUAAAUUUCUCAGAAUGUUA